CUCUGACACAAAAAGUUGCAAGACCCUCUCAAGUAUAUUUUAAUCGAGAAAAUGGGAAGUUUUGUUAAAUUAUUUAAUUCCUCGUUAAAUAUCAUAUCUAGACAGUUGACAUUGCCUUUAACUAAUGGAUUAAACCUUCAGUUUGUGAGAGCACUACCUCAUUUUGUGGAUAUUCCAAAACCAGGUGAAAAACAUCGACAAUACAGACGAAAAGUGCAUUUUCCAGAGGAUGGAAAGUAUACAGUAAAGCCUUUAGACAAUACGCAUUUAGCUGGUCGAGAUCCAGUAACUGGACGAGUUGUUGCAAAAGGAAUUGGAGGUGGAAUCAAAUUUAAAUAUCACUGGAUCAAGUUCGAACGAGACGGUCCAACAGAAGAUGUUCCACCAAGAGAAGAAAAAGUCCUUCAGAUACUGAAAUGUGGAUGUAGAACAGCAGAUGUAGCUCUUGUUGGAACUGGAAAUGAACUUAAAUAUAUUUUGGCAACAGAAAACAUGAAAGCAGGCGAUAUAAUCAAAACAUCAAGGUUUAUUCCAAGAAUUCCAGUGAGAGCAAAUGAAGGUGAUGCUUAUCCACUUGGGGCACUUCCAGUUGGAACCAUUGUCCAUAAUAUUGAGAAAUUUCCAGGAUGUAAUCGAAACUUUAUCCUAGCUGCUGGAUGUUAUGCUACAAUUAUUAGAAAGUUUGAUGAUCGUGUUGUCAUUUUAAUGCCAAACAAGCGAGAAAUAGCACUUUUACAGAAAUGUAUGGCUACAGUCGGCAGAUUAUCAAACAUUGAUCAUUCAAAGACACCGAUUGGAUCGCCAAAUAGGAACCGUGAAUUAGGUAAUCGACCAAGAUCAGGUUUAUGGCAAAGAAAAAGUGGUAGACAUGGACGUAAAAUUAAAAGACCACCUCCAAUGCUCCUUCAAGGACCUCCAAAAGAGCAGAAAUCAGCACCAAUGAAAUUAAACAUAAAUAAGAUUUCUUAAAAUGUUUAUUUCAUGAAAAUAAUAUUGUAUAGGAAAUUCAAUAGAAAUUCUAUCUUAAGUUAUUUAAACAACUUUUGAUUUUAAUGUGUCCAAAUCGCGUUUCUGGAUCUGCCUCAAAUGUUUCUUCUUAAUUCUCUUCAAUUUUGAUGUAUUUUUGAUAAUUUGGACAGUCUGUGAUUUUAAUUCAUUUUCUUUCUUACGUUGAAGGUUCUCUUCACGUCGUUGCUUCUUUAAUUCAUUCUGUUGCUUACGUUCAUCCUUAAUGGACUUUGACAAUUCCUUGACUCUUUUAAGUUCUGCACGAAUUUUCAAUUGUUGAUCUUUUGUUUUCUUUGGAAUUGUGUUGUGAAUCUUCCUGAAUCGUUCCUUAGGUGUCUUCCAGAACUUGCCUGACUUUGCAAUGCCUCGAACUUCUGUUUUCUCUGUUUUAUUCUCCAUUAUUUAAUUAAUUUAUAUUAUCAGCGUGUUUACAGAAUUUAUUUUGAAGGGGAAAACAACUACGCUG